CGAAGAAGAGAGAUCGAUGGACGAAAACCUAAAAGUCAACAAGGAUCGAGCUGCACCAUCAUGAGGGUCCAAGUUUCACGUUCGUCGUACCUUGUACUUGUGUCUUCGUCUGCAGUUUUCGUGACGUUUAGAAUACUUCAAUGGAGAGCGAGAUCCAGGGCCCGGAAAACCGUGGAACGGGUCAAGGAAAUGGUAGAGGAAAAUCAACCUUUGAUUGUGUACUGGGAUCUGAGCGUACGCGAGCGAAUUUUGAAAGCUGCAAUCCGCAGAGCUUCAAAAUGGAUGAGUCUAAACGAAGAUCCCAAGCCAAUGGUUGGUCAAGUCGGAGGCGCGGCAGUCCAUAAGCGACCAGUCCUUACUCUCAAUCCUGAUUAUGUACUGAAACCUUUAUUGGCUGACCAUCGCGGCAUUCGUGAAAUUGCCUUUUACGAAUCCCUAAAAAUCCUUUCGAACAAUCCUACGAACCAAACAUACUCCACAUUUCUUACUGGCAAACAGAAGGAGAAAUCUCCGCUAUUAAAACAGGCAGGAGAAGUUUUUGAUACACUGGCGCUUGCAUUUGCUAUUUCAAUACAAGAUCCAGUGGUGACCGAGUCGGAAAAGGCGCUCAAAGACGCCUGGAAAGUGGUGAAAAAAGAGGUAGAGGCACUGCACCGGCUAAGCAAAUUCACCGCUCCUUACUAUGGCGUGAUCGGACAACCUGGUGUAUCACACGCCCCUGAAUGUCCAUUUGGAGUUACGGAUGAUGCUCACUUGUUACUACAAGAUCUAACGAGCAACUACUCGAAGCCCUGCGUCAUUGAUCUGAAACUCGGUACCCAAACAUUUGAGCCCGACGCUCCUCCCGAGAAGCAAGAAAGAGAGCUCGGAAAAUAUCCCGAGCAGGCAGAAUUCGGCUUUCGCAUUGUUGGUAUGCGAAUGUACGAUCCCGACCAUCCAGAUGCAGACGAAAAAGGAUUUCGCUGCUUCAAAAAACCGUAUGGGCGGUCGCUCAAAUCCAGAGAUCAGAUCCUUGACGCACUACGCACUUUUCUGUGUGCGGGCGUUGAGAAGCCUGUAAUCGCGAGCGAAGACAAAAGAAUAGCAGAAGACGGCGUCAACAAUUUUCUGACAGAAUCCGUUCGUUGCAAAACAAUCGCCAAUCUUUUGGUACAGCUUCGUCAGCUCCGUCGGUGGUUCGAAGAGAACAAGUCUCUUCGGUUUUACGCCAGCUCCUUACUGCUCGUUUACGAAGGCGACACGUCGAAAGAUAACGGCAGCCAAGACGCAGCGACUGCUAAAAUGAUAGACUUUGGACGCGUCAGACGCGAGUUGGGAGGUGAUCAGGCCUAUCGAGUUGGAUUGCGAAUGUUGAACAGCUGUCUGGGAGAAAUCCUCGAUCAGGAAGAAGAACGCCUCGGUAAGCAUCGAUAGCAUAACCCGUAGAAAUAGCGAGAUUUUCUUUGUUAGAGCG